GACACGGAAGUGAUGCUGUCAUUCUAAAAGCCGGUUUUAGAGCUCAGCGGUUUUCAGUCAAACGUCCUUUCUUAAACGAAUGCAGUUCAACGUAUGUAUCUGUACCGACAGAGAAUGAGAACAUCGCGUGUCAGGCUGUUCUUCCAUUGACUGAGAUGUGUGGCAUCCGCAUAAAUCAUAUGAAAUCUGGAGGGAUUCACCAGGCAUUCAUCGCCAGAGAUAUUUAUCCUCGUGUACACUUAAGUAUCUUUGUUUAGUUUAUAUAUGAACAACUGUAGUUUUAAAUAUAUCCUCAUAUAAAUAUAAAUAUACGUAUAUCCUCAUAUACGUUGUAACACCAUGUAUAACUCGGAGAGGAUCCCUGAAACAAGUAUCGAUCAGAACCAAACUAAUGGAUGCAGAAGUGAUGUGAACUCUGACGGGGCAGACCCCACUGAUUCAAUCCCAGGAAGACCUUCCAGAAGAUUCGUUCUUCACUUUGAUCUCAACAACACAAUCCUUGUGUCUGACGCAGUCACGAGACAAGGAACUGUAGCUGCACUUGAAUACUUCCUGUCCACGGUGGCCUGGGGGCGCAUGACAAAAGGUAAAUGGGAGUGGUUGUCAGAAGCACCAUCUCUCCUCCAGCCUUGUGAGGGCGCCAUCACAUACUACACACAGUUUGGCCGAGUGGCAGGCUUUACCACCGUAGGUCCAGGCCGACGGUUCCGGAAGGUCCUGGAGGAACAUCUAGAGCUACUCCGAUGGCCGUCGGACAUACCUGCAGAUAAAGAGCUGUCUGUUAAGGCAGAAGAUGGGAAGCUGUAUCACUGGAUCCUCCCUUCCUUCUUCCAGAUGCUGCAGGACUUGGCUUCACAAGGUGUGGAGUUCUCCAUCCUGUUCCGUACAUUUGGCUCAGAUCUGCCCCGUGUUCUGAAUGCUGUCAAGCGUGCUGUAGAGCAGGGCUCACAUCCACUCUUCCCUGACCUCCCAGCUCUAAAGCUGAGGGUGAACAUGACCGCCGGGCGCAUCAGGUGCAGCGGUAAAGGUGCAACACUGAUUCGUGGAGAAGAACACGUGUCCACAAGGGAUGGAGAGCAGCAUGUUUACCAGUACCUGAGCACUGCUGAGGGUCUGGGUGGCUUCCAAGACCACUUUGACUGGUGGGCACGGAACACAUACUCCAUUUUAGGAGGAAAGCCACUCUGGAUUGACCCUUUUGACACCAAAGUUCAGCAUAUCUUCAUUGAUGACAAUAUUCGACAAAACGAUGAGGACACUAUUGUCCACCCUAAGGUGUUUCUGGACCCUGAGGGCUUUGAAUAA